ACAAGAAAUCAAUUUCAUCCCUCCGUCUAUCACUUAUUAUAUAACUUUAGUUGGGUUAUGGACAUAUGUUAAAAUCAAGUAAUGAUCAUGGCAGCAGCAGCAGUAGCUGGAACUAGCUCUUUGUUUUUCUUCAAACCAACCACUGGUUAUUCUUGUUUGGACUACAAGCAACCAGCUCCUUGUUACAAUGCCAAACUAAUACGACCACAACCUAGUAGUCGUCGUAAUUCUAGGAUUUUUGCUUCCAACGUUGUUGUCACUGACGAGGAAACACCUUCAUUUUCGACUUCAUCGUCUUCUACAAUCACUCAAACCAACUCUUUCUCAGGCAAGGCAGAAGCCGAAGUUGUUGUUAUAGGGAGUGGUCUUGGUGGACUAUGUUGUGCAGGGCUUUUGGCUAGAUAUGGAAAGGAUGUAUUAGUUUUAGAAAGCCAUGAUUUACCAGGCGGUGCUGCUCAUUCAUUUGAGAUCAAAGAUUACAAAUUUGACUCUGGCCCUUCUCUGUUUUCGGGAUUUCAAUCUAGAGGUUCCCAGGCAAAUCCACUUGCACAAGUUUUGGAUGCAUUGGGUGAGUCAAUUCCCUGUGCCAAGUAUAACUCGUGGAUGGUCUAUGUACCUGAAGGGGAAUUUCUGUCACGCAUUGGUCCUACAGAAUUCUUCAAGGACUUAGAGACGUAUGCUGGCCCAAAUGCUGUGCUGGAAUGGCGUAAACUUCUUGAUGCAAUACUUCCAUUAUCUGCAGCUGCCAUGGCAUUACCUCCUCUAUCUAUCAGAGGUGACUUGGGUGUUCUUUCCACUGCUGGAGCUAGAUAUGCACUGUCACUACUAAAAUCUUUCGCACAAAUGGGACCUCAAGGUGCUCUUGGUGCUACAAAGCUUUUAAGACCAUUUUCAGAAGUUGUUGAUUCAUUGGGAUUGAAAGACCCCUUCAUCAGAAACUGGGUAGAUCUUUUGUCUUUCUUACUUGCUGGAGUGAAAUCUGAUGGUGUACUUUCAGCAGAGAUGAUUUACAUGUUUGCUGAAUGGUAUAAACCAGGCUGCAGUUUAGAGUACCCUCUUGGGGGAAGUGGAGCAGUUGUUGAUGCUCUUGUUCGUGGACUACAGAAAUUUGGUGGCAGAAUCUCACUAAGAAGUCAUGUUGAGAAUAUAGUAAUUGAGAACGGACGAGCAGUAGGAGUGAAACUAAGAAGUGGGCAAUUUGUGCGUGCAAAGAAAGCUGUUGUAAGCAAUGCAUCCAUGUGGGACACUUUAAAGUUACUACCUGUGGAAGCUGUCCCAAAAUCAUAUGAGGAAAGAAUUGAAAAUACUAAGCAAUGCGAGUCAUUUAUGCAUCUGCAUUUGGGAUUUGAUGCAGAGGGAAUACGGGAAGACUUGGGGAUUCAUCACAUUGUUGUAAAUGAUUGGAAUCGUGGAGUUGAUGCUGAUCAAAACGUUGUGUUGAUAUCUGUGCCCAGUGUACUCAGUCCAGAUCUAGCCCCUCCUGGAAAACAUGUUUUACAUGCUUACACUCCAGGAACAGAACCAUUUGAACUUUGGGAAGGUCUUGACCGUAGAAGUGCAGAAUACAAGCAACUCAAAGCCGAAAGAUCCGAGGUAAUGUGGAAAGCAGUGGAACGAUCACUAGGUCCAGGUUUCAGUCGCGAUAAAUGUGAGGUGAAGUUGGUUGGAACUCCAUUGACACACCAAAGAUUUCUUAGAAGAAAUAGAGGAACUUAUGGGCCAGCAAUACAAGCUGGAAAAGACUCGUUUCCUGGACACCCAACACCAAUUCCGCAACUUUAUUGUUGUGGAGAUUCUACAUUUCCUGGAAUCGGAGUCCCUGCUGUUGCUGCUAGUGGUGCCAUUGUUGCUAAUUCGCUGGUUUCGGUUUCUCAACACUCUGAACUUCUUGAUGCUGUAGGAUUAUAGUUGCAGUUAAUUCAACUGUUCAUAAUUUUUAUGGUUUAAGGUCUGAAUGUACUUUUCAUUGAAUCUUAUAAACAUUUUUAAUCUUUUAUCUA